CUAUUUUUGUAUGGGUUUGAAUUUUUUUUCUGGGGUAUUUUUAAUUACAGGCCUGAAAGGCAUUCGCAUCGAUUUAAUAAGUGAGCAAACUAUUCAUUUUUCAAAUCUUAGAUUCUUUGCUGCUAAAACAAAAUCAGCAGUGUUGAUUGCUAUUUAUGAGGGUGAAGCGGCUGCUGGUGCUGAUGUUCGUGGAGCUAUCGAAUCUUUGGCAGAUUUCUUGGAGAAAGCAGGGUAUUAAUGUGCAAAAUUGAAAAAUGGGAUCGGAGGCAAGAUUGACAGAGAGAAAUUUUUAUUUGAGAAAAGAUUGAAUGACCUAAAAUAUUCAUAAUCUGAGUACUACGAGGUUUUUUAGCGAACAUUAAAUUUGGUGUAAUUUUUCAUUGUAAGUCCAUUCAUGAAUAUGUACACCCUAAACCACGAAGACCUCCAACUUUUGAAAGGAGAUAUCGAGGGAUUAGGAAGGAUAAAUAUAUAUCUAUAUGUAGAUAAGUACCCAGUUCUGUAUUUUAAACCCUCUGGUGG